AUGGGAGCCCGCGACGCAGAGGUCGGGGAAUUGUUGUCUUGCCAGCCGGGGGACAGAAUCCUUGACUGGUACUCGGACGACAGUAUGUGGCACGAGCGGAUCUUGGUGUGGAAGGGGCACUCAGAGCAUGGGUGUUACAUCUUGACACCAGACUUGGAUAUGUAUGAGCAGGACUACUCUCUCACCGGGGGUGAUGGUCCGAGCAAAUUUAAGAUUAAGGGUCGCCAGGUACAGUACUACUCUCGCAUGAAUGCACCCGUCUACCGCUUCGCGACGGAUCCCACCGAGGGUGAGAUGAAGUCCUACAUCGAGGCGGCCCUGGACGAACUGGGGUAUGACGAGGUGCCAAUCUCCGGCUGGAGGCCGAAAGAAGUAAAGAUCUCCAGGCAUGUGGCUGCUACCUCUUUGCUGCUCGGAAGGAGGUUUGUACCAAGGCGUGUUACCCGUGGUCUGGGGGUAACUGACCCUCCUGCUGGCACAGCAAACCUCGCGGUCGCUUCUUCCGAGAUGGGCGUGAAGGACAUGCUCCGCCCCUGUUGUGAAGCUCCAGAUGGGAAAGUGUGGCUCUCAGCCGAGAACUUUGCCGGGAAGGUGGUCGGGGAAGAGGUCCACGUCGACAUCUCCCGCGACUACAUGAUUGGCGAAACAACCGGCCUGGUCAGGGUUGAUGGGGGGAGAUGGCUCAAAGUUGAGUUGGUAGAUGUGGCAGCUGCCCCAUCCUUCAAAGCAGCCCGGUCCGGGGUCGCAGUCGCGCCAGCCUUGCAGGGCCCUAAGCCAGCUCCUAAGGAGGAAACGGGCGCUGAGGAGGACGCUGGAGACGCCCGCACCCUCUUCGUUGACUUUGACUCUCAAAGAAUUCGGUACAAGAGCUGGAAAGCGGUCACACAAGAGGCCAGGGAGUACUCGUACAGUGACUGGCCGCAUGAGGGCCCUGCCAGCGCCUUGCACCUCAUCAAGGCGAUGGAGCGUCAGGGAGGCGAUCCCAAGCUCUGGCUGGAGGGAUGGUGCCGCAUGCGGGGCAUUGCAGAGCAGGACCGCGUUAAGCACGAGAUGAGAUGCCUCGUAGAGAUCUUAUGGUAUGCCGGAACAUUUGAUCAACUAAAUGUUCCGGUGUUAGCUUCGAUGGAAACAGCUGCCAGACGGAUACAGGCGGUCGUGGACGCCUACUCUGUCCCAGGUUCUUCGCCUGACUGGGGAAACGCCAGAGCCUUUACCAACUACAAAGGACCUGAUGACGUCAUCAUGCCACAGCUCCGUACAUAUGCUGCCCGCAGAGGCAAGGAAGAGGUCGACCUGCACAAUGCGCGUUCUCGCAUGAAGGAUCUCAGGAAGCCGACCUUGCCCUCGGACGAGGCAGCAGAGGCAGUUGCCGAUGGCAACCUCCCUUCCGGCGCCAAAGCCAAGGCCAAGACGCGCUCUGGCCGUCGGCUGGAGGCGCCGAAGGCAAGGAAGUCACGAAUUCGCUUCGAGCUGCGGGAAAUGGUCGCAGCGCUGAAUUGGAUGCAUACUGGCUCGUUUUCUUUAGAGUCUUUACCAGGCUCUCCCAGUUGGCGAACUGACCCCUUUGUGGAACAGAGACUGGGGAAGCUGGUUUCUUAUGCAGGGCGGUUGGGCACGAUGUCCCGGCCUCCCUCUGGCGAGGCAGCCCUGCGGGAGCUGCUCGCGGGGAACGAUGAGUACAACCUCCCCAGUUCCCCGAUCGGCCUUGCGCCCUACAACCUCGAGCUCAUCAGCCUUCCGGAUGACUUGGCCCAGGCGCCAGCGGCUCUGGACCUUCUGGGGGAUGAUGACCGUCGAUAUCUGUUGGAGCAGGAGCGCAUGAUGAAGCCAGGACCUCUGGAAGGGAAGGGUUUCAGUUCUCCAUACUGGGACCCGGCCCUGAAGAAUUCACCCAAGCAUUAUAGGCAGUUCAUACAGAAGCUGGACAGUAUCAAAUACCUCAACUAUACCCUCCAUCCGGUUGCGCACGCGGGGAUGUUUUUCGUGUACAAGUCGGAUGGACGCCGGCUCAGGCUCAUCGUGGACGCCCGUCCUGCGAACGAGCUCUUCCGGGACCCACCAGGCGUCAGCCUUUCCACGGCUGAGACCUUCUCGAGAUUUCAGUAUGUUCCUACAGACCUGAAGGAAUACAUCGAGCAGUCUUCGCAGCGCAAGGCCGGGGUGUCUUUCGGGCUGUCAGACAUCCGAGAUUGUUUUCACCGCAUCCGUCAACCAGCCUGGCUCUCUAAACACUUUUGCCUUCUCCCGAUCAAGGCGAAGUAUGUCGGGCUCUCCGGGGCUGUGCUGGAGGGCGUGAGGUUGGAGCCCGAUUCCAUGGUCUUUCCUAUGCCGGGCUCGUUGUGCAUGGGGUUCUCGUGGUCACUCUAUUUUGCGCAGCGAAUAAGUGAACAACUCAUGCGCCAGGUGCCGGCUCUUGCUGGGAGCCAUCUGGCCAGUGAUCGUGGCGCCCCAGUCUCAUUUUCUGAUGGAGAUCCUGAGCGCACUCACCAUUACGUUUAUGUAGACAAUCUGGGGGUCAUGUCAUUGUCAGAGGAGAAAGUCGCUGCAGGGCUAGAUCAGCUUACGAAGGUCUUCAAUGACAAGGGGCUCCUGUUGCAUGGGGGCGAAGUAGGCCAGGAAUCCGUCCGGGCCUUGGGGGUUGAGUUGAACGGGGCCUCCCUCACCACGACUUUGACUCCCGAGCGCUUCCAUCGAGUGCGGGCAGGUCUCCGCGCUCUUCUUCGUCGAGGGCGAUGCUCAGGCCGUGCACUUGAAAGGGUAGUUGGACACUGCACUUAUUGCGGACUCCUGAAUCGGGGUACCUUGUCAGUCUUUCAUGCCGUCUACAAGUUCAUACAGAAGCACUACGAGCAGAGUGCGGCACUUUGGCCCUCUGUGAAAGUGGAGAUAAGGGUGUUUGCUGGCUUGAUGAGCUUCCUUGUGUGUGACUGGACGAGGCCAUGGUCCGAGGUCGUCUACGCCUCAGACGCCAGUGAAGAAGGCUUCGGAGUUUGCAGUGCGCGUUGGAACGCACUCGAGGCAAAGAAUGCUGGCGACGUCAAGGAAAGAUCGAGGUUCAGGCGAUCGGGGGGCCACAACGCCAGAGAGAGCGCUCUGUCUUCUGCAGGCUUUGUAAAAGAUGGUGUCACCGGUCAAUGGCGGGCAGGUGAGAUGCGAUCAGAGGAGUACCUCAAUGCAGCAGGCUGGGAGAUUGAUGAUUCCUUCCCAGAAAUCUCGGGUGCGCUCCUCUCCAAAAGUGCUUGGGACAUCGCUCAGGCUGGAGAAUGGAGCCGACCUGAACACAUCGUACAUCUUGAAGCCAGGGCCUUGGUGAAGAGCUUUGAGAUCUCAGUUGAGAAGGGUGGACAUGGGCGGUAUAGACAACUGCUCCUUUCAGACAGCAUGAGCGCAGUUUUGGCCUUCGAGAGGGGAAGAGCUCGAAACUUUCGCAUCCUUCGACAUAUCAGGAGACUUUACGCUACAGCUUUGCUCUAUGAUGUUGAUGUGCACUUUCGGUGGAUACCGAGCGAACUUAACCCCGCAGAUGGUCCUAGCCGACUGGCCUCGAAGGUGGAAAGCAAGUCCUUGUUGAGUCAGCUGCCGUUGGCGUCGUUUCAUGGCGCCCAACGCGCCUGGGACGAAGAGGGUUCGGACCCUGCUGCCCGAGACCUCGCCCCGAGGACCAGCAAAACACUACCCAAACAGGACUUGGUCGAAGAACUUCGCAGCAAGAACUUGCCGGGCGUUGUCGACCUCGGCAGCGUGGGCGAGCGGCGCGUCCUGCGGGUGACCAAGGGCGAUGUGGACCAGAACGACAGUUCCAGCAGUACUUCAGAACCAGUGGAGUCCAAGAAACAGACCCGACUUUUGGCCCGGAGGUCAAGGAGGCGAGUGAGGAAGUAUGUGACAGAGCUGAUGGAAGCAGCCGACCAGGGUCUGAGCCUUCUGGAGAAGAAGGCCGUGACUGCCAAGACGGAGGCCUACUACACGAAGGAGUACGACCUGUUUUUGCUUGCGGCAACGGCGGGCGCCAAGAAAAGGGCGAGUUUCCUGGUGGCCAACCCUGUCUUGCUGGACGGUGUAGCGCACAGGGGCGACAAGGUGCUGGCGGCCAUUAUGCACCGCCACCCGGCCUUUGGCCGCUUGGGUUCGCUGAAGUUGCCCCGAGCAUGGCGGAGCCUCAAAGGUUGGCGUCGCCUGGCACCAGGGCAAUCCCGGCUGGCCUUUCCACUGGCGGUAUGGGCGGCGCUGGCGUGCGAGAUCAAGAGAUUGGGCCAUCCACGCAUGGCAGUCUUCCUUCUCGUCGGCCUCAGCUCCUACGCCAGGCCGAGCGAGCUUUUGAGAUGCCUGGUCGCCUGUCUGGUUCCGCCGGCCGCUCAAGUGGCAGCGUCCUGGAGUUUGGUUCUCAACCCAGAAGAGGAGGGGGUGCCGUCCAAAGUGGGCACGUACGACGAGAGUGUAGAGUUAGACUCUCCUUGGCUGCAGCCUUGGGGCCCCCGGGUCUUCCGGGCCCUUACAGCUCAAGAUGCUGCGACGCGACUCUGGGACUUCCAGUACUCAGACUUUGUGACUGUCUUCGACUUGGCCGCCAACCAUAUCCAGGUUCCAGUGAUGCCGUACCAGUGGAGACAUUCCGGUCCCUCUAUCGACGUCAGCCGAAAGUUGCGAAAUCUUGUCGAGGUGCAGAAACGCGGAAGAUGGAAGCGACUGGCCAAUGUGGCCCGGUACGAGCGCAGCGGACGGCUCGCAAUGAACUUCAAUGCUCUGCCGACUGCUGUUCAGGGAUUCUUCGUGAUCGACCUCUUCUCCGGGACCGGAGGCGUGGCAAAGUCCGUGCGUCGCCUCGGCUUCGCAGCCAAAGAAUGGGACUUGCAAUUUGGCCCACAGUUUGACCUCACUCAGCCUUCUGCCCUAAAGAAGCUCAAGCAUUUUAUCCGCUCCGGAUAUGUGCUGGCGGCUAUGUUAGCGCCACCCUGCACUAGUUUUUCAGUUGCUCGAGAUCGCACAAAACAGCUUCGCUCGUGGGACAAACCGUGGGGGAUCUGGGACAUUGAGCUUUCUGAGAAGGAGCGGGACAGUCUGCUAGCUGGGAACAGGUGUUGUAGGGCAGCCUUGCACAUCAUCAAAUGGCUGGAUGAGUUGCGCUUGCCUUGGAUACUUGAACACCCGAGGUCUUCAAGGUGCUGGAUCCUGCCAGAGAUCCUUCGGAUCGCAAACGCGCCCCACACACAACUGAUUCAUACUGAUUUCUGCCAAUGGGGUAAGCCCUGGAAGAAACCCACCACUCUGCUGGCAGGUCAUGUUGAUGCGCUGGAUGCUGCUCGUCUUCAGCGGCAAUGCUCAGGUUGUGGUGGGCUUUGCUCCCGCACUCACAAGCGGCACUUCCAACUCACAGGCAGUGGCCCUCAUGCAGUACCUUGGACACGCCUCGCGCAACCUUACCCGAAAGACCUAUGUGACCAGCUUGCUUGGGUCCUCACUGCGCCCUACCACGUGUCGGAUGAUGCGGAUGUCGAUUCCUCGAUCGCUGUGUUUCGCCGUUUUGUAGUGUUUGCCACUUUCAUGCUUGAGGACAUCGACCUUUUCGGGGAGGACGUUUGCUUCCGAAUAUGCUUAUCUUUUCACUUAUUUGUUUUACUCUUCUUGUUAUCUUUUCAGGAGCUCAAUGUGCCGGCCGAGUUGGCGAACGCCCCGCCGACUCAGGAGCAGCUGGCAUACUUCGAUGUCGGCGAAGAAGAGGAGGACAUCGACCUUUUCGGGGAGGAACUGCCCUCGGGCAGCGGCGACGCACCUGUCCUGGUCCCGCGGCGCUCCGUCUUCGACUCCGACGAGGAGCUCUACCCCGAGCUGCGGGGCCAGGACGGUGGUGGCGAGGGCCGCGUACAAUACGGACAGGUUGCCCUGUGGCCUCUGCGCCAGGUGCGAGCUCCAGCGGGUCAGAGGCUGGCUCCUUGGACGUUUCUAUCCUUCGCUUACAGCAUCUUCCUUCUCCUCUUCUUCGACAUCCUGUCCCUGCAGGUCCUUAUCCCUGCGGAUGAUAAGGAGUCAGAGGAGUGGCUUCUGAGAGUUUGUAUCAAUGGUUGGUUCGAGGACUUCUGGCGGCAGCUGGGGCUCGACGACAACGCGGAGGAGGAGGCUGUAAGUGCCGGUUGCUGUUUCUGUUUCCCUGCUGGCAGGGGAAGCAUGGACACGAGCCAGCUCCCCUGUGGCAUCUGUGCGCGCUGCCAGAUCGCGUGGAUGCGAGGUUCCGACCAGCGGAGCAAACGGUGCCUAGCACCCAUGCCGCGGAACAGAGUGACCAUGCAGCUUCGUAAUUCGCAGCUACGGGAGCGGAGAGCCGUCCCCGCUCGGGCAAAGGCCGCGGUGAAAGCCAAAGCCAAGUACAUGUUCAUCCGCCCCAAUGAACGUGUACUUCAGUUUGCGGGGCAUCAUUUCGUGUAUCAGCCCCCUCUCCAGAGGGAGGAGAACGAGGAUGAGGACGAGGAUCGUGAGGAUCCUGAUGCUUCGACCGAGGUCCCCGACCGAGCCCGGGAUCUUCUCGCGGAGCUCACGACCGCCUCGCAGCCCCAACUGGUAUUGGCCCAGGGCGAGGCAGAGAUGAAGGUAGAGGCGGCGGCGGAGGAGGAGGAGGAGAUCGAGGCCGAAGACGCCACAGAGGACCUCUGUCCCACGUCUGCAGAUGCUCCAGCAGAGGAUGCCGAAAGCGCGGCGGAGAACUUACGUCCGCUCUCCGCAGAACCUCCUGCUGAGGCCGAAGACGCCACAGAGGACCUCUGUCCCACGUCUGCAGAUGCUCCAGCUGAAAGCAAUGAUGUGGAGGAUGCCGAAAGCGCGGCGGAGAACUUACGUCCGCUCUCCGCAGAACCUCCUGCUGAGGCCGAAGACGCCACAGAGGACCUCUGUCCCACGUCUGCAGAUGCUCCAGCAGAGGAUGCCGAAAGCGCGGCGGAGAACUUACGUCCGCUCUCCGCAGAACCUCCUGCUGAGGCCGAAGACGCCGCAGAGGGCCUCUGUCCCACGUCUGCAGAUGCUCCAGCAGAGGAUGCCGAAAGCGCGGUGGAGAACUUACGUCCGCUCUCCGCAGAACCUCCUGCUGAGGCCGAAGACGCCACAGAGGACCUCUGUCCCACGUCUGCAGAUGCUCCAGCAGAGGAUGCCGAAAGCGCGGUGGAGAACUUACGUCCGCUCUCCGCAGAACCUCCUGCUGAGGAGGGUGAUCUUCAGCCGGCGCGCGCCACCUCCCCCGAGGAAGCCGGGGAGUCGGAGACCGAGUCGGACUCCGACAGCUCCAGCUCCGAGGCAUCGACCUCCGACUCCGAGGAGGAGUCAGAGGAGGACUCAGAUUCCGACAGCUCGCAGGCGGAGGAGGAGGCGGAAGCAGACGCCCUCGAGCCACAUGACGAGGAAGCACCCGAAGACGAGGUGAUCAACGGGAGGCUGACCCCAAUCGAUGAAGGCUGCGCCACACCCUUGGAGCUAGACGAGCUGGAGGAGCUGGAGGAGCCGGAGCUGUCGGAGCUCUCGGCCACGGCAAUCUGGCGAAACAAAAUCCUCGGCCGGCCCUCUCCGCGAGAUGAAAGGCCUGUAGCAGAGCCUACACCUGAAAGUCCGGAGAGGCUUCACAAGAUCCCUCCUCCCGCAGCCAUGGUGCACAGCAGGCCCUUCCUCGAGCCGCCAACUGCGGCCCAUGCCUUGGCGUCGCUCCGCGUCAGCGCGAAGGCGCUGGCGAAAGAGAAGCUGCAGAUGCUUCAGCGACAGCGUGCUGAGGGGAUCCUCUAUGCAAGAAUGGAGGCCCCAUCAAGCAUGCCGCUUCCUCAAGUGAAGUCCAACAAAGCCCGGCUGGUGCCCCUGGACGGCGCGUGGGAGCAGACGGCAGUGGGCCGAUCCCUUGCCAAAGCGCUACCGCUCGCUCCGCUGCAUCCGCAGAAGGUGCGCGCCAGGGAUGACAAGGAUGGCAAGGUGAGGCAGAAGGGCAACGCGAUCUCCAAGUCGCAGAGCUUGCCUACAAUCUCGCCGGGCCAUCGGGCCAACGCGCAGAGGGAAGUUGCCCAGGCCCGACUACAAGGCUUGCACCCACGUGCCCUCGACAUGAGAUGA